UCCCCCUGCACCUGCUCGUCAACAACGCGGGCGUCAUGCUGGAGCCGCGCGGCGAGACGGAGGACGGCUUCGAGCGCCACCUGGGCGUGAACUUCCUGGGCCACUUCCUGCUGACGCGGCUGCUCCUCCCCGCCCUGCGCGCGUCUGGGGCCGAGGGGCGGGGCUCGCGCGUCGUCACCGUGGGCUCGGCCACGCACUACGUGGGCGCUGUGGACCUGGACGACCUGCAGGGGCGCCACGCCUACUCCCCGUACGCGGCCUACGCGCAGAGCAAGCUCGCCCUCACCCUCUUCGCCCUGAGGCUGCAGCGCCUCCUGGAGGCCCGCGGCGACCCCGUGACCUCCAACGUGGCCGAUCCCGGCGUCGUCGACACCGAGCUGUACCGGCACGCGGGGUGGGUCCUGCGCGCGGCCAAGCGGGCCCUCGGGUGGCUGGUGUUCAAGACCCCGGACGAGGGGGCGUGGACCACGGUGUACGCGGCGGCGGCGCCCGAGCUGGAAGGGGUCGGAGGUCGCUACCUGCGCGACGAGGCGGAGGCGGAGCCGCUGAAGGCCGCGCGGGACCCGGAGCUGCAACAGCGUCUGUGGGCCGAGGGCCUGCGGCUGACGGGCGCGGGGGUCGGGGCCGAUGACGCGGGGCGAUGACGUCACUGCGGGGUGGGCGGGCUCCCGGGGUGAGGAAUAAACAUCCUGUCCAUGCCCCUAAAAAAAAAUAAUAAAAAAAAAAAAGAAACUCAAGCCUAUAUGAAAUAAUGUAAAAAGCCAUAGAAAGGAGGACAUCAAUAUAUAGUUUAGUAGCACAGAAUACGUUGAUAUAGCCACUUAAAAGCUAUCCUGCUGUGUGCAAUUUAACUGAGAAAAUGAUAAAAAUCUGAAGUGAAAUAUGAUCCAGGAUUGAACAAUGAAUUUGAGUGUGACAUGGGAUUUUGUGUUAGCAUAUGAAAUAAACUCUGAUAGCAGUUGGUUGAGAUUUACUACAGAUAUCAAUUAAAAUUAGUGCCAUGUUACAUUGUUAUAGUUCAUGUAAAAUUGAACUUAUUUACUGUAUGUUCUCUGAUACAUUUGGACAUAUUAUGUACCCCCAUGUACCCUUAUUACCACAAACAGCACAGUAAACAGUGUUCUUCAUACCUUCUUGUUUUAUCCAUGUGUUUAUUUGUCUAGAGUAAACAGUUCUCAUAAAAUGUCAGAAUUGCUAUGGAUUCUGGCAAUCUUAGUAUAUUUUCCAUGCACUUGAAAUUAGUUGUAAGAAAUACUACUUAGAUGGUAUGACAGUUUUCUGCCAAUGAGUCCUAAUGUAUGAAAAAGAAAAUUUGAGGUUAA